AUGACCACAUCAUCAAUCAAGUCAAUCCAAUACACGUUGAAUCAAUAUGAUCAACAACUACGUGCGUUACCCAUACCGAAUCUUCAAACUUAUUCUGCCAAAGAUGUUUGUCAUACUACAUCAAGUUUAACUUCACCAUAUUUAUUUAAAUUUAAAUUACAUCAAUUAUCUAAUCAUAUCAAUAAUCUAUUUGUAUUGUUUAAACAGAUAGAUAUCAAUCAUACCAAUAAAGCCCAAUACCAAGAAUUAUCAAAACAAUUCAAUUAUUUGAUUAAUGAUUGGUUAGAUGAACGGUUAUUCAUCGUUGAUAAGUUAAUUAGUGAAUUUGAAUUAUCAAAUUCACCCACCCCAAUCACGACCCCAUCCACAUCUCAAGAAGAGGCCAUUAAAUCCACGAAUACAGCGACUUCCAAUAUCUCUUCCACCACAUCAGUCGCUACAGGUAGUAAAGCUAGUGAAGGAGAAGAUUUAAACUCCUUACGUCAAAGAUUACUUUCGAAUAAAUCAACCAAACUUGAUGAAUCAGGUACAACAUCAUCUCAUAAUGACUACCACGAAUCAUUACAAUCAGACAUCAUAAAUGAAUUAUCCCAAUUAACUUCAUCGUUACGAAACUCUGCAUAUACUUUAAGUUCCAAACUUCUAAAUGAAGAUAUGACAACGUUAAAUGAAUCUCAAGAGAAUUUACUUAAAAAUAUGAGUUUUUUUAAAGUUGUAAGUCAAAAUUUAAAUAAUUAUUUGGGCAAUAAGGAUAAUUCAAGUAUUUCUAUUUGGUUCUUGUUGAAAGUUACCGUUGCUAUUGUUGUUAGUUUCCUUUUUAUAAUUUUGAUAAUUAAAAUUAUACCAAGUCUUUAA